CCAGAAGAUGAAAUGGACCCAUUUCUGGGGCAUAAAUGUAGACAUUAAAGCUUUAUACUUCAGUCCACAAAAACUGAAAUGUUGGGCAUUGAUUUGCUGCAAAUGAUGUCCUUUGGAAAUGAUUAGGUGUGAGGCGAAACCAAAAAUAGACAAGAAGGUAGCAGUGGCAGCUGUUGCCCUAUGAACCUUUAAGCUGAAUUGUGGUAUUUUUCGACCUGUAAGUAAAAAGUACUGCUUCAGGUGAAACGCCUGCCGCUUUUCCACUACACGGUCCCUGCACGGCUCGACUCUACAUAGUUAGGUUGGUUUUCCAUUACAAUGUAGUACCUCCUUAAUGUGGGCGGAGUCACCACUGCACGGCUGCAUGUGACUUCGAUUUACGCUUGGAACCUUGCCAGAGCAGGUACUAAAAAGUACCAGGUACUGUCGCUAAUGGAAAAGCAAAAGAACUGUGCCAUGCCAAGGGCAAUUGAGUCGUGCUGGGACGGGACCAUGGAGUGGAAAAAUGGCAGUACGCGAGACCUGAGAGUUGUUGCACGAAGAAAAAGCUGGAAAUGUGAGUGAGAGUUGGAGACUCUUAUAACAACGAUCCGAGAUUGGAUGAAAACAAGCAUUUUUUAUGGAUGAAAAUGAAAACUUUUUUGUAAGAACUAUGCACGUACACAGCCCACAUUUAUAAACAUAGGGCCCAGUUCGAAAAAUACCGGAAUUCCCCAACCUGCUUGGUUACCAUUUUAAAACCUAUGAAGGAGAAUCCGGAGGCUCAAGAGCGUCUUCUUGUGUAGGUGAAGAGCGAAGCUUGAAAACUGUUGAACCAUUGUUGAAGAACAAUCUGUUUCCUGUGAUGUUUUUGUUGGAAGAGACUGCUGAGAACCUUUUUGAAGUUCCCUCACGCAGCACUUUCCCUUGCACCAGCUGGUGCUGAUAACCUCUUGUGCACAUUGCACUUUGACCAGGUUGCUUCACGAGUGCCUGCCACUCACUGCGGAUCACAACUCACAACUCUCCUGCCUUGUGCACCAGCUUCUACUGCACCACCUGUGCCUUGUCAUCUCUUUCCACAACUGGAUUUGUCACUGCCACCAUGUCCACAUCUGUACAGGUAGAGUUGGUCAUGGAAAAGAGCUACGGAGGAGUCGGCAGGUGCAAGUGCUCGUUCUGGUUCGCGGUGGCCCACGACAUACUCGGCAUCCUCAUCAUGCUGGUGGGGGUGUUUGGGGGGCUGGUCAUUCACGACUUGUUCAUCUACGCCGGGGCCAUCAUCAUCUUCCUGAGCCUGAUCUGGUGGGUGUUCUGGUACUCGGGCAACAUCGACGUGCCGCCAGAGGAGCUGGAGGACGACGUGGGCAUGAUGAAGCUGAAGGAGCGAGGACUCAGCCGCACGGUGAGGCGUGUGACCAGUAGCCUCUCCAACGGGCUCAGGGACUCCUUCAGGAGGAACGGCAGGUCCUCCUCCUCCUCCAGGAAUGACAGACCUUCACACUGUGGUGGGGACGUGGCGCUGUCAACUGUAUCAGCACACGUCAACUCGUCUAGAGAACUUGUGAGAGAGACACUGUCUAUAUGAACUGUUCCAUGACUGUCGCAGGGAGGGAGAGAAAGACAAUGAACCUGGAUCUUUAUGUUUGUUCCAUUUGCUCAUGUGUUGAUUCUGUGUUUGCUCUGCUUUCACCAUCUACUAAUGAUUAGACAGCAUCGAUGUCUUGUCAUGAUAAGAUCCACAUGUUUUUAUUAUCUCACUGAUAAGAGGAAAAACUUUGCACACCAUAACAGAGCAGCAAAUGACACCACCUUCUGUCUCUGUUGUUCUUGACUGUGCGUGUUUGUCUGACUUAUAGACUUAUUUAUUUUAUGUACAUAAAUAAAUUUAAAUUUCACUAUCA